CACUUGGGGACCUCCGCCAGCAUUUCUUGUUCCCAGAGGCUCCAAGGGCAGGCUGAACACAGAGCUGCACCUCAAAAGACAAAGGGGAUGACUCACGAAGGACACCCCAUUGCUUCAAAGAGCUCAGAGGAAGAUGUCGGCCCAGUCCCUUCCUGCAGCAACACCCCCUACUCUGAAGCCCCCUCGGAUUAUCCGUCCUCGACCCCCUUCUCGGUCCCGAGCCCCUCAUUCUCCAGGGCCUCCCCACAAUGGCUCCUCUCCACAAGUGCUUCCCAGAAACUCUAGUGAGGCGCCAACCCCAAUGUGCACCCCCAUCUUCUGGGAGCCUCCAGUGGCAUCCCUCAAGCCUCCUGCCCUCCUGCCUCCCUCAACAUCGAGAACCAGCCUCGACUCCCAGACUUCACCCGACUCACCUUCCAGCACCCCAAGUCCAGUGUCCAGGCGUUCCAUCUCUCCAGAACCUUCUCCUUGGUCUCCAGUCCCUCCACCCAAGCCCUCAGGGUCACCCCGCACACCUCUGCCCCAGCUCCCCUUACCCGGGGGCCUGACCCAGGAUGGUCCUGCCUCUGCCCCAGGCACUGUGCGGAGACUGGCAGGGAAGUUUGAAUGGGGGACUGAAGGUGGAGCCCAAACAGCAGACUCACUGGAACGGGGCUCCCAAGGGGGCGUGAAUGUGAAUGGGGAGAAAGAGGGUCCCCAAGAUGGCCUUGCUGGACAUGGGUCCCAAGAGAACGGCGCUUCAGAUGCUGCACUGGCCUGCCCUCCUUGCUGUCCCUGUAUGUGCCACCUAGCUCGGCCUGGCAUGGAGCUCCGCUGGGUACCUGUGGGGGCCUCUGAGGAUAGUCUCCGGACCCCCUGCCGGGCCUCCCCACUGCAUUCCUCCCGGUCCCGCCCCAACCCUCCAAGUAUCAGUCAUCCUGCAGUGGUCCUCACCUCCUAUCGCUCCACCGCCGAGCGCAAACUCCUGCCCCCCCUCAAGCCCCCCAAACCAACUCGGGUCAGACAGGAUGCCAGCAUCUCUGUGGACCCCCCACAGCCAGAUGUCGAUCUGCCGGCUGAAGAUGGGAUCCCAAAAGGGGACAGGCCUGAUGAAGCUCCUCAGAAUGCUCCCUCUGCAGCCUUGGAGAGAAGAGAGGAAGAGGGGCUGGAGGAGCUGGAGGGGCUGAAGGAGCAGAAUUGGGAGCUGCCGCUACAGGAUGAACCCCUGUAUCAGACAUACCGGGCAGCUGUGCUAUCAGAGGAGCUGUGGGGUGUUGGUGAGGAUGGGAACCCCUCUCCAGCGAAUCCUGGGGAAGCUCCCACCUUUGCAAGACUCCCCGGGCCUCGCAAUACCCUAUGGCAGGAGCUGCCAGCUGUGAGAGCCAGUGGCCUCUUGGAGACACUCAGCCCCCAAGAGAGGCGCAUGCAGGAGAGCCUGUUUGAGGUAGUGACAUCGGAAGCCUCCUACCUGCGUUCUCUGCGGCUGCUCACUGACACCUUUGUGCUGAGCCAGGCACUCCGGGACACGCUCACCCCUCGUGAUCACCACACGCUCUUCUCCAAUGUACAGCGAGUCCAGGGCGUCAGCGAGCGGUUUCUAGGCACGCUACUGUCCCGCGUACGCUCUUCCCCCCACAUCAGCGACCUGUGUGACGUGGUGCAUGCCCAUGCAGUGGGUCCUUUCUCUGUGUAUGUGGAUUAUGUGAGGAACCAGCAGUAUCAGGAGGAGACCUACAGCCGUCUCAUGGACACAAAUGUGCGCUUUUCUGCGGAGCUGCGGCGUCUGCAGAGCCUGCCCAAGUGUGAGCGGCUCCCGCUGCCAUCCUUCCUGCUGCUGCCCUUCCAGCGGAUCACCAGGCUCCGCAUGCUGCUGCAGAAUAUCCUGCGCCAGACAGAGGAGGGAUCCAAUCGGCAUGAGAACGCCCAGAAAGCCCUGGGUGCUGUCAGUAAGAUCAUUGAGCGGUGUAGUGCCGAGGUGGGCCGCAUGAAGCAGACUGAAGAGCUCAUCCGACUCACCCAACGGCUGCGCUUCCACAAAGUCAAGGCUCUGCCGCUGGUCUCCUGGUCACGCCGCCUGGAAUUGCAGGGAGAACUGACCGAAUUAGGGGGCCGCAGGGGGGGUGUGCUCUUCACCUCCCGCCCUCGCUUUACCCCCCUCUGCCUGCUGCUUUUCAGUGACCUGCUGCUCAUCACUCAGCCCAAGAGUGGGCAGCGGCUGCAGGUUCUGGACUAUGCCCAUCGCUCCCUGGUGCAGGCUCAGCAGGUUCCAGACCCAUCUGGACCCCCUACAUUCCGCCUUUCCCUUCUCAGCAACCACCAGGGCCGGCCUACCCACAGGCUACUCCAAGCCUCUUCCCUAUCAGACAUGCAGCGCUGGCUGGGAGCCUUCCCCACCCCGGGACCCCUUCCCUGCUCCCCAGACACCAUCUAUGAGGACUGUGAGUGUUCCCAGGAGCUGUGUUCAGAGCCAUCGACACCUUCCAAGACUGAGGGGCGUGUUCUGGAGUCCAGGGCUCCUCCCAAGCAUCUGCACAAGAGCCCAGAAGGGUGGCUGAAGGGGCUUCCUGGGGCCUUCCCAGCCCAGUUGGUAUGUGAAGUCACUGGGGAACAGGAAAGGAGGAAGCAUCUUCGUCAGCACCAGAGGCUUCUUGAGACUGUGGGACCCUCUUCAAGCACCCCCAGCUCCCCAUCAACCUAAUGCAGGCUGAAGAUGCUGGUAGUGCUUUGCAAAGAAGAUACAACCCAUCAUCCAGUCACCCGACCAUCCAUCCGUCUUGUAGGAUUCAUUGUCAGUGGAAACACUACCUCUAGUGGCAACCCUGAGUUUCAGGACUGAGCAGACAAUGAAGGCCAUCUGACCCUACACAAUAGGAAAAAUAAGAAUGGCUUGGAUGUGUUGCCAAUCUAGACAAAGGCUUAGUAUAGCACUGAGUGAGUUGGCUGAACCUUUGGCCAAGGAGUAUUCUUAUGUGCUCACAGCCAAGGAAGAUGAAGCUGAAUCAAUGAAUUGAGAAAGGGCUAUGUUGGAGAAAUAGCCCUAUCAUCCAGAAGAAUGGAGAGAGCCAUCCAGCCAAAGAAGAUGGUGAUCUGGGCUCAAAUGCCCAAUAGCCACUACUUGGUUCUGGCCCCAUGCUUUGAGUCUGAGAAGUACUUCCUGUGCCCUCUCAAGACACUUCUCUUCUAGAAGAAUCUAGAACGUGCAUCUCAGAGAAUCUGUGUGUGCCUGUGCUUGUAUGCAGCUGUGUAUAUAUGAAUCAGGGAAGGCAAUUCUGUUGAGCAUGAUGUAUGUGUGGUGGCUUACCCUUUCCUGUGAUUAAAUGCCUUAUUUCU